UCAAGGGAUUUUAAGUUGCUCAAACGAGCUCGAACCACUUUGCUUCCCCGUACAAUACCUUUGUUUCAUGUUUGUGUGUGUGUUUAAAGAUAAUUCUAAGCAAUGUACAAAUGCAGAAACCCGUUUUUCUGAAAGUGACAUUUCGUAAUUGUAGUCCAGUAGCAUCUGGAUGAGGUGCACCUUAUUUCAAGAUCCUGCCCGACGUUGCAGUCACGGUUUCUGCAGAAGAUGUCAAAACGUCCAUGUUAUGAGAUUUUAUUGUGGAGGGUGCGUCCGGAACUUGAAGAUGUAGGGGACAACUUGGCGCUGUGGUCAUUAGUGUUCCUGGAAAGUCUAAGGUCCUGUUUUUUGAAUUCGGGGAUUUCUACGUGAGUAAUUCGAUUUGGUCCGAAAGGAUGAGCCCUUGAAGGAGAUGCGGGGUGGAAGACUUUCUCAGCUGGACGUUUAAAAGGCGACGAUCCCUCCCGCCCGGUUGCUAUGGAGCAACCACCAGGGAGCUUGGAUGAUCUACAACCUCAGGACCUCUCCACCUCAAGCAUCUCCAGUGUGGUUGACCUGACCAGGAAAGGCAGCCUGAAUUUCAUGUCCUGCGACGUCCGCCACCUGCUACACAACCCGGACUCCGGAUUACCCUUAUCCUCGGAUGCCUCGCACCAGUCAGCGCCUCUAAUUCAACAAGACAAUGCCUUGUCCCACACCACAGUGACCCUAUCCUAUGUGAGCAGGUCUCACAUUUACUCAACAUCUCAGCCUCUAACUGCUUUGCCGCCUAUCGGCAAGUUCUCCCUCCUCCCCGCUUGUGAGGCUGAGAAAGGGCUCGGGGAGACCACCUAUACACUUAACCGGCAUUACUUGGAACAUAUUGACACACCGGUGGACCUUGCUACCAAGGCUUUUCGUUCGUCGUCGAAGGCUCCAGAGAUCGACGGAGAAUGUCUUCCACAGCGGCGUUGUGAAUUAAUUGGGCCGGUAAGUUCGAGCGCGACUAUCGGAGAGGAACACGUCAUUCCAGCACGGGUGGAAAACAAUGAAGGGUUGGAGAAUGGACAAGAUGACAGCCGGUCGAAUUUAGGUGUGGGUCCUGAAUUGUCACCGGAGACUGACACGGCUGUCCUAAAGAACAAUGAGAGGAAGGGAAUCUCUGAGAUGCUGCUACAAUUAUCUCAAAAAAAGGAGCCAGUGGUUGUCCAGAAGAAAGUGGCUGCAAUAGAGCCGUGCUCACUGACCAGGGACUAUAAAAGCCCUCUAGAAGACCCCGUCUCGCCCUCUGCUACCUCACUCGAGGAUGUGUUGAUGCUGCCCCGAGCCUCCAGCUCACCGAGCGGGGACCACUCUUUUCAAGCAUGGGACGACUCAAUCACAGAAGGUGCCAUUCAGCUCGGGACUGACACCGGCAACACCGCCGCAAGUCGUGAUUCCAGCGAUGGCGUCCACACAAGGAGGCCAGAGCUGCAGCCAUCGGUCGACUUGGCAGAGGUUGGUCGUUUGUCAGGAACUUCCGAGGACAAACCCAAAACCGUUACCCCUCACAUGAACGACAAUGGCAGCGCGCUUCAGACGACUCGAAAGCAAAGAAAGCUGCCUUUGCGUUCAAAUCGAGGGGUUCGCUUACAAUCGUUUGUUAUGAAUAUCAAUUCAAGCAGUUAUAAAGUAUCAGGAUGCAUUAACACUAAUUUAGACUCUUCCAAAAUGACAACUCGGGAAUCUUACGCAACAAAUCCAAAGAGGAUUGACACCACCCUGUCUGAUGGGAAAAGGAGAAGCAGAGUGAAAGCAAAACAGAAAGCACGAAGCAGGCAUCAAAAAUGUAAAACCACUAUCAGUCAACCUAAUCAAUGCAAAAACACUACCUCUAAUUGUGUUACUCAUUCCCAAAAAUUGAACAGCAAAAGCUCUAAGUUUACAAAGACUGUGCCAGACGAUGUUCCCUACCCUGGACACUUGCCACAGAUGAGUCCUGUAAGGUCAAAGAGAAGACUCUGUUCAGCAUCAAAUCCUCAGUUUAAGAAAUCAAAGGAGCUUCCUGUACACUACGAGCUCUUGUUGGAAACAAAUCCAGCAAGAUGUCCCCCACCAGCACCUAAAGAAUCUCCAAAGGAAAGCCCACGUUCAGCUGAAGCUCCGCAAAUAUUGCCAGCCGCAAAGACCAAGGUUGCUCGCACUCCCAAGAGACAACGGAAGAAACCGUAUAACCCGAGACCGUUUACUUCCCCCUUCGCUCCUAAGGAGCCUGAGAUCAAGUUGAAGUACAUCCACUACAAGGAGGAGAAAAAGGAUUUGAGGGUCGAUAAUUUCUCCCCUGUCAUCCGUAUGCAUCGCCAGCAGUCAUCGGCAUCGCAAUGCACUGUCGUGAACUACCCGGAAAAGGUCAGGACGCCGCACAAAAAGGGCCAGAGAGAGCUACAGGAUCAUAACGGUAGCUUUCUUUCUGGAACUGUACCCGGCAGUUCCUGUCUCCAGCUGGGCCGGGCGUCCGCUCAGGGUCAGCACCGGGGCCCCCUUGUCUGUUGCCUGUGUGGACUCUCUGCCAACGCCAUGGACUUGGGGGAUCUCCACGGUCCCUAUUAUCCCGAAGGAUACCGGCCGAGCGCCAAAACAUCGACGCGUUCGUCCGGCCUUAAAGGUGACAAGGACGAAUCCAGCGAUUCAGAUUCUUCGUCCUGUAGUGUUGGCGGCAGGGGGAGGAAACAUGCCGCUCUACCCUCAUCCUGGAAGCACAGCCCAGCAAAUCAGUGGUGGCAAAAAGGCCUCCCGCCAAGCCGCCAGAGGACCGCUGACAACACCGGAAGCCCUGCGGCAAAACGUGCGCGUUCAGAAAUGUGGCCAACAGAUGUGGAGGACUGGUACAGCCCCCCGGUGCUGCCCCUUGAGCCCUGUGAGUACUGGCUCCACGAAGACUGUGGCAUCUGGUCGACUGGCGUGUUCUUGGUGAAGGGCAGAGUCUAUGGCCUGGAGGAAUCUGUCAAAGUGGCCCAGAAGACGACGUGCUCGGCCUGCUCUGCCCCAGGCGCGACGCUAGGCUGCUUCUGCAAAGGUUGUCCCAGCAAGUACCACUACAGGUGUGCUCUAGAGGCAGGAGAACAUCAGCGUUUUCAACAAAGCGAGCUCUUUGUUUUCGAAAGAACUAUUUGUUGUCCGUGCCAAAAGCAACAGCACAGAACCUUUCUGUCCGCUCGAGCCGCCUGCCCUGCCCUGCCCUGCCCUGUCCCAAAAUCCUAAAAAUCAAUGUUUUCUCAAAUGACAUGACAUGUCCGGGCUUUUGUCCUUGUGAUGCAGACGUCGCUCUUUAUGAAGACCAGAUACUGCAGACUGUGUCCUCAUCGAAGAAAACUUAUCCAUGAAGUGUAAAAAGCACAAGAACAAGACAUUCAAAACCCCAGUGGGGAUGCACAGUGAUCCCAGGAGAAAAAGGCCCUCUUGACAUUUGGCCCGCCGAAUGGCGCGGGGGCCGGCUCGCCCUGUGGACUGUGCGGACCGGCAUCCUUGUUAUGGACAGCUUGCACCCAUAAACCUUAACUCCUCCUUUCUGGUAGACUCUCAGAAAUUAUUGAUAUGGAUUGUUUUCUUUUCUCACACAACAAUCAAGAUAUUUAAUUCACCCAAAAAACAAUGUUGUAAAUAUUUGAUUAUAUUGGGUUGUAUUUAUUCAUUUCGCUGCUUUUGUCGGGAGUGUUUUUAAGUUAUUGGUAAAGCCAGUUAAUCAUUUAACUAAGACGCUGCGGCAGAUGUAACGCUGAAGAGCGGAGCCACAUGAGGUUCCUUUAGUUCGAAGAAAUAUAUGCAUUGAAUUUUUUGUAAAACUACAGAACUAUGUUCCGGUUGACAUUUGUAGAGGGAAGCGGUCCCAGGAAUUUGCUUUGAAUGUACCCUCCUCCCCACGUGUACGGUCGGAAGCACUUUUUGCGGCGUCUGCAGCACGAGUUGCACACGCACCCUCCCUCCCUCUUCCAUCUUCUUCUCUUUGGCAAGGAACGAGCGCCUCUCAGGCCACAUUUACCACUGCAUGCUUCAAGUGACGCCAUUCGCAAGUAUAUACACUGGCUUCUGCCCCCCCCCCCAAAAACGCAUUUUCUAUGAUCAGAAAUCAUGGUGAAAAUGUAGGCCGCGGGUGUCCAACUCAAGGCCCCGGGGGCCAGAUCCGGCCCGCCGCAUCAUUUUAUGUGGCCCGUGAAAGCAAAUCAUGAUUCUUUCUAAAAUCUGUACCAAAAUGUCAUAUAUAAUAGACAAUUAUGUUGAGAGAGUGCAUUUUUUUUGGUACCAAACCCCUUUUUGAAGUAACUUGACUAACUGUUGUCCUUCUCUUCUGAUUUCAAAACUACAAGCCCAAUUCCAAUGAAGUCGGGACGUUGUGUUAAACAUAAAUCAAAACAGAAUACAAUGAUUUGCAAAUCAUGUUCAAACUAUAUUUCAUUGAAUACACAACAAAGACAAGAUAUUGUUUUUAGCAAAUAAUCAUGAACUUAGAAUUUGAUGGCUGCAACACGUUCCAACAAAGCUGGGACAGGUGGCAAAAAAGUUGAGGAAUGCUCAUCAAACACGUGUUUGGAACAUCCCACAGGUGAACAGGCUCAUUGGGAACAGCUGGGGGCCAUGAUUGCUUCCCUGAAUUGCUCAGUCAUUCACAAGCAAAGAUGGGGCGAGGUUCGCCUCUUUGUCAACAAGUGUGUGAGAAAAUAGUCCAACAGUUUAAGGGCAAUGUUCCUCAACGUAAAAUUGCACGGAAUUUGGGGAUUUCGUCAUCUACGGUCCAUAAUAUCAUCAAAAGGUUGAGAGAAUCUGGAGAAAUCACUGCAUGGAAGCGGCAAGGCCGAAAACCGACAUCGAAUGCCCGUGACCUUCGAUCCCUCAAAAACCGACAUCAGUGUGUAAAGGAUAUCGCCGCGUGGGCUCAGGAACACUUCAGACUGUUAGGGUUAGCACAUCUGCCUCACAGUUCUGGGGACCAGGGUUCAAAUCCCCGGCCCCGCCUGUGUGGACUUUGCAUGUUCUCCCCGUGCCUGCGUGGCUUUUCUCCGGGCGCUCCGCUUUCCUCCCACGUCCCAGAAACAUGCGUGCGAGGUCGAUUGAAGACUCUAAAUUGCCCGUAGGUGCGAAUGUGAGUGCGAAUGGUUGUUUGUUCCUAUGUGCCCUGCGAUUGGCCGGCAACCGGUUGAGGGUGUACCCCGCCUCCUGCGGCCCCAGCAGCCCGCGACCCGCGGGAGGAGAAGCGGCUCAGGAAAGGGAUGGAACUUCAUUGGAAUUGGGAUUGCCAAUAUGAGGAGGCCAUAAAAGAUGUUUGGUGGUUUCACUGUCAUAAUGACCCUCAGAGGGAAAUCGGAAGUAAAAUGUGGCCUAUUUGAAAAAUGGCAUUGGCUCUCAAAUAUUAUGCUGCUUUCCAGUUGUGUCCAUCCUGAAAGAAGAAUUGAUGACAGCAGCCAGUGAAGUCAUGUGGAGGUUCGCUCAUUUCAAUCCAUGGUUGCUUCACGCGUUCCAUCAAUUGCUUCCUUGUCAUUCAGUUGAAAUCGAUAAUCUGACACAGGCAUGACAUCAUCAGAAUCGGCCACUCGGACACGCAGUUACGAGAAUGUUGUCUUGAGAUUUUAUUUCUUUUUUUAUCCGGCUCAAAGCACUUUGGGAGUGUGACGAGGCUUCUUGUUUUGUGUUGUCAUUGAUUGUGAAUCCAAUGGAGGGAAACGUUAUAGACCUCAAGUCGGGGUUGUGUUUUGUUUCUAAAUGCAUUCAGUAUGUUUUAAGAUCAGCGCAGAAAAAAGAAUUUCGGACUGAAUUGUUGCGAUACAGUCCCCUCCAAAAGUAUUGGAACGAACGGCGAGGUCAGUCCCUUUUGUUUUUGACGUUUGGAUUUCAAUUUUCCAAUUUCAAAAUUGAGAAUUCCAGCUUUUAUUUCCCGGCAUCUACGUGUUCAUCAAGUCAGGACAGAGCCCCCCACUUUUCAAGUGAGCAAAAGUAUUGGAACAGACAUUAGUCAAUUAACUUGGUGAAUAACAUUGAAUAUUUGGCGGCAUAAGGCUUCCUUGCAAGAACUGCACGUAGCCUGCGACCCAUCGACCUCACCAGACUGUUGCGUCCUGGAAGUCUGAACUUGUGGUCUCUUUUGAUCUGAAACCCAAAUGUCUUCCGUAUCGAGCAAAAACAAAGGAAUUGACCUUGCCGUUCGUUCCGAGGCGUUUGGAGGGGACUCUCUUCCACCAUUUCAGUUGUACGGAUUUUUGGGGUGGGGCUAAAAGAGGGUCCCAGUACGCACUUGGGCUUCUGGCUUGAUUAGGCCCUCCCCCGCUAUACAAGUACCGAGCGCCUUCCGUGGCUAUUCGGCGCUAUUGACACGGAUUUCUCCCACUACAGCAGGGCUACAAAAGCGUGUCUUGCACGGGCGGAUAGCGAAACAUUCACACAAACUUGGCAAAUUUUCUUCACACGCUUCUCUGGCGUGUGUGAAAUUUACAAGACAUUUUUAGUGGGUUUACAGGAUCUUUAAAAGUCCUGUUCUACAGAUUCAAUAACUCCCUCUAUUUGGUAAAAAAAAACAAAAAACAAGCUAAAGUUUACAUGAAUUCCUAUUUCAAAAGGUAAGAAUUGCUGCUCUUAUCCACUGUAGUUGUGUUGAUUGACUUGCAAGAUGCAGCGCGGUACCUCUUAAGCCUUAUGGGACGUGCUAAAGGCACACGCUCGGUUUGCAGUCCAGCGACAAAUGGGAUCUGCUACGGGCAGCGUUGUGCUGUGCGAGAGCCAACAUUUGCGUUUGCGUUGUUCGCUGAAAAAAACCAACAACCCCAUAAUACUUUGAUUCGUGCCACGUCUCUGUUCUGUUUGCAAACUUUUGACUGCUUUCCGAGCGUCACACGACAGCGCAAGCGUCAUUUUUGUUGUUGUUGUUCGGAUUGUACAAUAGAGAUUUGAAUGAUGUGCAAUUAAUUUGAAACCUUGCUCAUAUGUUGCCUGUGUGUGUGUUUAUCUCAGGGCUGAAGUGAUUUAGUUUUGUGGGGUUAAUGGACUCUCUCUAGUUCUGGUCCAGACAUUCCAACAUCGUCCUUUGAGUUGAACAAUGGACUGCGAGGCGUGCCACUUUUCUUUUUUUUUUUCAUUGUCAUCUUUAUUAUUAUUAUUAUUUUUUUUUUUAUAUACCAUCCUGUUCUCCUCUUGUAGCAUUGGACAAUUUAAGUAUAUAAAAAAAAUAAAUAUUUUGUUGAACAUUGAA